AUCCCAUUUUAUUUUUCUAUGGUUACAAUUAUAUGUGCUCUUUUAUUAUGAUAUUAUUUUAGAUUUCAAUAGAUUCAAUGUUUUAACCUAUGAAUCUUGGUAUUUUGUGGAGAAAACUACACUCUGCUCUACCUGCGGCUGAAAGAUGAACGGGCAUCGACAAUGGAGCACGAAGAACCCUUCUCUCUUUCGCAAUCUCCCUGAGGAUUUGAUUCCACAGAUUCUGGUGAGGCUUCCGGUUCGAUCUCUGCUCCGCUUCAAAUCGGUGUGCAAAUCAUGGCGGUCUCUGAUUUCCGAUCCCAAAUUCGGUAAAUCCCAUUUUGACCUAGCUGCUUCACCCACCCACCGAUGUCUUACAUUAGCUCAUGGUUCUGAAAUUGAGUCCAUAGAUGUAGAUGCAUCACUUCAAAAUUCUGAGUCUUCUGUAGUAAACCUCAAAUUUCCGCCUUCACUAUCACGCCCUUACAACCCUGUUGAGUUCUUUGGUUCUUGUAGAGGGUUUGUACUUGUAGCCUAUGAUCAAGAUGAUGUUGUUGUAUGGAAUCCAUCAACCGGUGACCGGAGAAGAAUCGCAGGCAUUGGAGACUCGUUUUACAGUGCACAUGGGUUUGGGUAUGACAAAUCAACAGAUGACUACUUGAUUGUUAUUAUUAAUUUGAUUCCUUUCGACGACUAUUGCGAUUAUGACGAUCCAGACAUUAUAGCUGCUUACCCUAAUCACAUUUCAAUUUAUUCCUUGAAAACUAAUUCCUGGGUUUUCCAGGAGGGUCCUAAUGUUAGGUAUGUGGAUUUGGAGUAUUGUGAAUUCUUAGUUGGGUGCUUGUUGAACGAGGCCCUGCAUUGGUUGGUUAUCUCGUCUGAAACCAAACGUCAUGUCAUUAUUGCCUUUGAUUUGGUAGAUAGGAGUUUGUCCGAGAUUCCUUUGACGCCAGUUUUAGCCAGGAAAUUAAAACAUAGAGAGUAUCAUUUACGGGUCAUGGGAGGAUGUCUCAGCUUAUGUUACCCGGGUGACUUGGCUUCAGGGACUGAGAUUUGGAUGAUGAAAGAAUAUAAAGUGCAGUCAUCUUGGACUAAGUUAUUUGUUUUUCGUAUUUCUAACAAUCCCUACGAUGUUGUUUUUUAUCCAAUAUGUUUCACCAAACUUGGUGAAAUUUUUGGUUCAAAUGGCCGCGGAAGAUUAAUGAUAUUUAAUGACAAAGAACGUCGACCUGAUCAGUACACAUUUGUGCCCAAACCCCAUAAAACUUUUACGUAUAGAGAGCGUUUGCUACAUUGUGGUAUGUAUAGAGAGACUUUACUAUCGUUCCCUGAUGACUUUGAGGAAGCAAGUGAAGAUGACAAGCUGAAGUUUUCCAGGGAGAAAGCAAGUGAAGAUGACAAAUAGUAACUGACCAUAAGAAUUAGUGUAUGAGAAAAAACUUCCGUUUGAGCUAUUUCACUUGGGUGGUGAUGAAGUUAAUAAAAGUCAAUUUGUCUGAUUGUCUCGUUUCGUUCUUGCAACUUGCUAGCAAACCACUUGACGUAAAAGCUUAAGUUUUUCUUUUCUAAUAUAUAUUGAUAUUGAUUGAUAUUGA